AUGGGAGUACCGGCGUUUUACCGGUGGUUGGCGGAGAAGUAUCCGUUGAUAGUGGCGGAUGUUGUCGAGGAAGAGGCUGUUGAAAUCGAGGGCGUUAAGAUUCCGGUCGAUACGAGUAAACCUAAUCCGAACAAUCUCGAAUACGAUAAUCUCUAUCUCGACAUGAAUGGGAUUAUCCAUCCUUGCUUCCACCCUGAAGAUAGGCCAUCUCCGACUACGUUUGAGGAGGUGUUUCAGUGUAUGUUUGAUUACAUCGAUAGGCUUUUCGUGAUGGUGCGACCGAGGAAAGUACUCUAUAUGGCUAUUGAUGGUGUUGCUCCAAGAGCUAAAAUGAAUCAGCAGCGGUCUAGACGGUUUAGAUCCGCUAAAGAUGCAUCAGAUGCAGCUGCUGAGGAAGAACGGCUCCGAGAGGAGUUUGAGAGGGAGGGUAGAAAGCUUCCUCCUAAGAUAGACUCUCAAGUGUUUGAUUCUAACGUCAUCACGCCUGGAACGGAAUUCAUGGGCGUUCUGUCUAUAGCGCUGCAGUAUUAUGUGCACCUUAGGCUUAAUUAUGAUGCUGGUUGGAAAAAUGUUAAGGUUAUCCUAUCAGACGCAAAUGUUCCAGGUGAAGGGGAGCAUAAAAUUAUGUCGUACAUUCGUCUACAAAGAAAUCUUCCUGGUUUUGACCCAAAUACUCGGCAUUGCUUGUAUGGACUGGACGCUGAUCUGAUUAUGUUGGGGUUGGCAACCCACGAAGUUCAUUUUUCAAUUCUUCGAGAGGUGGUCUUCACUCCCGGACAGCAGGACAAAUGCUUCCUGUGUGGUCAAAUGGGACACAUGGCGUCAGAUUGUGAAGGAAAAGCAAAGAAGAGGGCAGGAGAAUUUGAUGAGAAGGGCGAUGGCUUUGUCAAAAAGCCAUAUCAGUUCCUCCAUAUCUGGAUUCUUCGAGAAUACCUGGAGUUUGAAAUGAGGAUUCCCAACCCACCAUUCGAGAUGGACCUGGAGCGCAUUGUUGAUGAUUUCAUCUUCAUAUGUUUCUUUGUUGGCAACGAUUUCUUACCACAUAUGCCGACAUUGGAGAUUCGAGAGGGUGCUAUCAACUUGCUUAUUGCUGUUUACAAGAAGGAAUUUAGGUCACUUGACGGCUAUCUAGUUGAUGGGUGCAAGCCAAAUUUAAGGAGGGUGGAACAGUUUAUUCAAGCUGUUGGAUCGUUUGAAGAUAAGAUAUUUCAGAAAAGAACCAAGUUACAUCAGAGGCAAGCAGAAAGAAUAAAGGGAGAUAAAGCUCGGAAAAAAAGAAUGGAUGAUGCAGCUCCGACAGUUCAACCCGAGACUCUUGUUCCGGUUGCAAGAUUUAGUGGCUCUAGACUUGCUUCGGCUCCUACACCUUCACCAUUUCAGUCUAAUGAUGGAAGGUCUGGUCCACCUCAAAAAGCUCGACGUGUAUCUUCAGAAUCCAGUAUCGGUGCUGCUAUUGUCGAUGUCGAGAACAGUCUUGAAAAUGAUGAAACCGAGAACAAAGAAGAACUAAAGACAAAGCUCAAAGAGUUGAUCCGUGAGAAAUCCGAUGCUUUCAACUCGGAUACUCCUGAAGAGGAUAUGGUGAAGCUAGGGGAACCUGGAUGGAGAGAGAGGUAUUAUGAAGAGAAGUUCUCAGCAGUGACCGUUGAAGAAAUGGAAAGAAUACGGAAGGAUGUGGUAUUGAAGUACACAGAAGGCCUCUGUUGGGUCAUGCAUUACUACAUGGAAGGUGUUUGCUCCUGGCAGUGGUUUUAUCCUUACCAUUACGCACCAUUUGCUUCAGAUCUGAAAGAUCUAGGAGAGCUGGAUAUUAAGUUUGAAUUAGGAACUCCUUUUAAGCCAUUCAAUCAACUUCUUGGGGUGUUCCCAGCUGCAAGUUCGCAUGCACUUCCAGAGCGCUACAGAACCUUAAUGACGGAUCCCCACUCACCCAUCAUUGAUUUUUACCCAACUGAUUUUGAAGUUGACAUGAAUGGAAAACGUUAUUCCUGGCAGGGUAUUGCUAAGCUGCCUUUCAUUGAUGAAAAACGCCUUUUAGAAGCUGUCUCCGAAGUGGAAUUCACGUUGACGGAUGAAGAGAAGCGUAGAAACAGUAUGAUGUGUGACAUGCUUUUCAUAGCAACUUCACAUCGCCUUGCUGAGCUCAUCUUUUCGCUUGACAACCAUGUUCGGCAAUUAAGUGAAAGGGAGAGAGUAGACUUUAAAGUUAAGAUCAGACCUGAGCUCAGUGAUGGCAUGAACGGAUACUUGACUCCGUGUGCAGGGGAGACUCACCCGCCUAUAUUCAGGUCCCCAAUGGAGGGUAUGGAAGACAUUUUGACAAACCAAGUCAUAUGCUGCGUUUACAGACUUCCCGAUACACAUGAACACAUAACCAGACCUCCUCCUGGUGUCAUCUUCCCUAAGAAGAUUGUGAACAUAGGAGACUUGAAACCCCCACCUGCUCUGUGGCAUGAGGAAAACGGGAGGAGACAGAUGCAUAAUAAUAACAAUAAUUAUAACAACAACAAUAAUAGUUAUAACAAUAAUAACAAUCAAGGAAGGCAUAACCCACCUGGAAGUGUAUCUGGGAGGCAUCUGGGAGACGCAGCACAUCGUCUAGUCACCAACAGCUUAAAUACGAGAACCGACCGGCAUGGAUAUCAGAUACCAGCAGAUGUACAUUCUCAGCAUCCUCCUGGUUACGGAUACAAUCCUCCGCAGUAUGUUCCACCAGUUCCUUACCAGUACGGUGGCUAUGUGGCUCCACCUGGCGUCCAAGGCUAUGCUCAGCCACAACCACAACAGCCUCCUUAUCAAAGCCGAGGCGGGUACCAACCUCGUGGAGUCACUGGGAGAUUCCCGUCUGAUCCUUACCCGAGCCAACCACGUGGAGGUGGUGGUCACCGUGACAACAGAGGAGGAGGAUAUUCCGGCGAUUACAAUCAACAACAACAACAACAAUGGCAUGGUGAUCAAGGUGGGUCGGAGCGUAACAAUGACCCACGAGGGUAUGGUGGUCAGCAUCAUCAUCAGCGAGGUGAUGACCGCGACCGCAGAGGAGGACGUGGAGGAGGAGGAGGAAGAGGUGGAGGAAGUCAUAAUGAUGAUCGAGGCGGGAAUUCGUUUUCAGCAUUGCGUCCUAGACAUCGAUACUAA